UUGAAAAUAAUAGAAGUCAGGCCUAAUGGGAAGCUAAAUCGAAGUUUGUAACUGAUUCUAUCCCCAUGGCAUUUUUUUGGGCAAGGCGCCCAGUAGCCCUUUUGCAAGAGUGCCUAAAUUCCAAAGGAGCCCCCUGGUCAAAAAGGUGGGGGGGCUGCUUUGAAGUCUCUGUGCUUGUGUGGUGGGUGCACUAAGGGCAUAGAGACAGCUGGUCUCACUCACCCUCUUGUAUUUUUUCCAUGCAGCGCUUGAGAAUUGUAUAUUUGUAAAUAAAACACAUCCAUCAGAGAACAUCCUGUUCUUGCAAGAGUCAAGCUGCAGCUCUGGUGUACGUGUGAAUGUGGCUUGCAUGGGGGAGGGGGCCCAGAUGAAUGAAAAGCUCUCCACCCCCUAUGUUUUUGUAGACAGAGGAGCUGCAAGGAGAAAGAGGGCAGAAUUUUUGGCACCUCCUGCAGAGCUGCAACAAAUGCUCUGGUGUGGUUUGGAUGUAGCCAGGCUGCCAGCUCCUCCAGGACUCCCCUGAGAAACUUUGAAAGCAAGAAGCCUGUGGGAAAAAUCUGAAGCCUCAACUGGAUUUUCUGGUUCUGGCCAAGAGCGGGAACUGCCCAGUUCUUAGGAAUGUCACAUCUUGCUGCUCCCGCCCUGGAAGGGAGGGAGAGGGUGUCACACAGGAGCCCAAAGCCCCACUCGGGGGAUGUCUCUGUGGCUCCACCCAGCCCCUCAGAAUGCUGGAGAGAGGGACUUGAGUGCAAAUCCAGACAUGCAUCUGUCUGAAGGAGGUCACGUUGCAUGCCGUCUUUGCAUGGAGAAGUGCUUUCUGCUGGGGGCAGGGAGGGGAGCCUUUAUCCCUCUUUGGCCUUGUGCAUAUUUGCAGAGCACCGGGCCCUUUGGAGGAUGAGGAAAACUGUCCUAGGCCAGCUGUUCCCACCCACUCCUAGCAGGGAAGGAAAAUUUGAGGGCGGGCAGCCAGGAAGAAGAAGCCCUCUCAACUCUCCCAUUGGCUGGGGGGGAAGAGCAGGACAGACAGGCAGGCUAGGGAGCUCUGAGAGGGGGAGGAAGCCCCUCCCCCAUCAGUGGGUGUGUGGAACACGGGAGACCUAACCCCAAAAGUUUUGCAGCGGACCAAGCCGUCAGAAUCCGAAACUGCUGAGAGCCGCCCUGGUUCUGUGGUUUCUACCAAGUAGGGUCCUGCAGCUGGAAGUGAGAGGAGGUGGGGCAGGCUCAGGACUGAGUUGUGGGUGGCCCUUCCAGCAGCCGAGGUGGCCUUAUUGGGGUCAGAGGUGGCAGAGGGAGGCAGCCGGAAUAGGCAGGGGAAAGGCUUUCAGGUGGAGACCCGUCACGGCAGGCGAAGCAAGAUCAGCCUGUUGCUGGGGGCUCGCAGCCUGUUUAGAGUCAGGCGGGAUGAGAACACAUGGCCGUCUCUGGCAACCCAGAGCUAUGGGGCCGGACACAGGGCUGCUCUGUUAUGGAGUUGAUGGGUUGAAGGUAGCUGGCCGGUUGUGUGCACCAGGAAAUUCUCCCGGCCUAGCCCUGACCGUCUUGGCUGGGAGGGUCCAGCUGGGGCUGGGCUGUGCCUCUGGCCAGGUCCCUCUGGGAAGGGAGGCACCUUGUUCCUCUGGCCUCUGUUCGUUCCCCGAGAACAGAAGGUCUGCUUUGGUUGCGCCCCCCUUUUCACGCUCGACUGGCCCGGGAGAGAGAGGAAACCGCCAAAGGCAGUCCUGGCGGUGUCCAGUGGGCCUGUGGGCUGCAUUUCCCCCUUGCUCAGGGACUUCCCUAUCCAGGUGGGCCUCUUCAGCCUGGUCCCCAGCUGGCCCUGGCCUCAGCCGCCUGCUUUUCGUGUGGGCCUUGGGCUGCGUGGGCCCCCAUUGCUAUUGCUGUUUAUGCAAACCAAGCUUAGCUUCCAGCCGAGUGGAGCCGCAGCUGUUUAAUGUGGGUUUGUUCCCAGGCCUGGGUGUUGGUGUUGUACGCCUUGGUGGCCAUUGGCGCUUUGGAGGCCAAGUUGCCCCACGCUCAGGUGACCUGUGAGCCCCGUCAGCCCCAGGCCACACCUUCCAGUGGAGUGGGAAGAGAGUCAGUGCUCAUGGCCAGAAGCAGGCUUGCCUUGGCCCUUGGUUCGCCUCCCCAUAAACUCUGCCCUCCUCCAGGCUGGAUUGCUGAGGAGGGAAAAUGUCCGAGGUUUGCCGUGACAGCUCCAGCAGCUUGCAGAGGAAGAAGCCUCCCUGGCUGAAACUGGACAUUCCGGCUGCCCCGCUCUUGGCCGCAGUGGAGGAACCAGCCUCGCUCCAGCCCUUCAAGCGCCAGACCUUCCUCAGAAGCGUCAGCAUGCCGGCCGAGAACACCCUCUUCCCUGCUUCCUACCACGAAGCUCGGCGGCCAGUCCUGCAGCGACAGACGUCAAUCACCCAGACCAUCCGGAGCAGGCAGGUGCGCUUUGAGAGGACUCAGACCCUGCCCAUUCGGGGGCACCAGGUGGGCAGGAGGCCCCUGAGAAAGCGCCAGUCACUGCCCAGAACACUGUUCAGGGGGACAGCAGACUGGUUUGGGGUCAGUAAAGAGAGCGAUGCCACCCAAAAGUGGCAGCGGAAGAGUCUGCGCCACUGCAGCCUGCGCUACGGAAAGCUGAAGCCUCAGGCCCUCCGUGAAAUGGACCUCCCGAGCCAGGACAACAUCUCUCUGGCCAGCACGGAGACACCACCGCCGCUCUACGUGCCCCCUUGCCCGCCAGGCAUGCAGAGAAUAAUUGACCCCCUGGCCCGUGGACGGGCCUUCCGAAUAGCCGAGGACAGCGAUGGCUACAGCGUGCCUCACACACCGGCCACACCCGGAGCCACCUCGUUGUGCUCCUUCACCAGCUCACGCUCCGGCUUCAGUCGCUGGCCUCGGCGGCGGAAAAGGGAGUCAGUGGCGAAGAUGAGCUUCCGAGCAGCAGCGGCACUAGUGAAGGGCCGUUCCGUGAGAGAGGGCACCCUGCGCAGGACACGACAGCGCAGCUUCACUCCGGCCAGCUUCCUGGAGGAAGACUUCACGAUGGACUUCCCAGAUGAGCUGGACACCUCCUUCUUUGCCAGGGAAGGGGUCCUGCCUGAAGAGCCCUCCACAUAUCCCGACGAAGUUUUUGAGUCCCCCUCCGAAGCGGCGCUCAGGGUCCCUGAGGCGAAGGCCCUACAGGCUCAGCCGGCCCUCACGGGGGGUGCCCUGGACCGGAGCGAGCUAGAAAGAAGCCACCUGCUCUUUCCCCUGGAGCGUGGCUGGCGGAAACAGAAGGAGGGGGCCUUGUUGCAGCCGAAGGUCCGCCUGCGGCAAGAGGUGGUCAGCCUGGGUCUGCAGCGGCGCGGCCAGCGCAUCACUGUCCCUGUCCGCAAACUCUUUUCCAAGGAGAAGCGCCCCUAUGGCUUAGGCAUGGUGGGUCGGCUGACCAACCGGACUUACCGCAAGCGCAUCGACAGCUUUGUGAAGCAGCAGAUUGAGGAUAUGGAUGACCACCGGCCCUUCUUUACCUACUGGGUCACCUUUGUGCAUUCCCUCAUCACCAUCCUGGCGGUGUCCAUCUAUGGAAUUGCUCCCGUGGGGUUUUCACAGCAUGAGACGGUCGACUCGGUUCUGAGAAACCGUGGGAUAUAUGAGAACGUGAAAUACGUCCAACAGGAGAAUUUCUGGAUAGGCCCCAGCUCAGAAGCGCUCAUCCAUCUGGGCGCGAAGUUCGCCCCUUGCAUGCGGCAAGACCAGCAGGUGGACAGCUUCAUCCGUGCGGCCCGUGACAAAGAGAAGCACUCCGCCUGCUGUGUGCGCAACGACAAGUCGGGCUGUGUGCAGACGGCAGAGGAGGAGUGCUCCUCCACUUUGGCCGUAUGGGUGAAGUGGCCAAGUCACGCCAGCACCCCAUUGCUGGCCGGAGACAAGAGGAAGUUUGGUUCUGUGUGUCACCAAGACCCCAGGGUGUGUGAGCAGCCAGCCUCCAUGGACCCUCACGAGUGGCCCGAUGACAUCACCAAGUGGCCCAUCUGCACCAACAACAGCGCUGGGAACCGCACUAACCACCCGCACAUGGACUGCGUGAUCACUGGGCGGCCCUGCUGUAUCGGCACCAAGGGAAGGUGUGAGAUCACCUCGCGGGAAUACUGCACUUUCAUGCACGGUUAUUUCCACGAAGAGGCCACUCUCUGCUCCCAGGUGCACUGCAUGGAUGACGUCUGCGGCCUCCUCCCCUUCCUCAACCCCGAGGUCCCGGAUCAGGUCUACCGCCUGUGGCUGUCGCUGUUCCUUCAUGCAGGGAUCCUGCACUGCCUUGUGUCAGUGUGCUUCCAGAUGACCAUCUUGCGCGACUUGGAGAAGUUAGCUGGCUGGCACCGCAUCUCCCUGAUCUACCUGCUUAGCGGCAUCACGGGGAACCUGGCCAGCGCUAUCUUCCUCCCCUAUCGGGCCGAGGUGGGCCCGGCGGGCUCCCAGUUCGGCAUCCUGGCCUGCCUCUUCGUGGAGCUCUUCCAGAGCUGGCAGAUCCUGGCUCGGCCCUGGAGGGCCCUCUUCAAACUACUGGCUGUUGUGCUGUUCCUGUUUGCCUUCGGCCUCCUACCCUGGAUAGACAACUUUGCUCACAUCUGUGGCUUCAUCAGCGGCCUCUUCCUGUCCUUCGCCUUCCUCCCAUAUAUCAGCUUUGGCAGAUUCGAUCUGUACCGGAAGCGGUGCCAGAUCAUCAUCUUCCAGUUGGUCUUCGUGGGGCUGCUCUCCGGACUGGUGGUGCUGUUCUACUUCUACCCCAUUCGCUGCCAGUGGUGCGAAGUCCUCACGUGCCUCCCCUUCACCGACAAAUUCUGUGAGAAGUAUGAUCUGGACGCACAGCUCCACUGAGCCGGGAGGACCGCCGUCACCAGCUGCCUCGGCCAAAGCCUCCGUGAUGUUCCUUUCCGGGCUGCCGGCCGAUUUAAAUUCUUGCUUAUACCCACGCUGCCUUAUCCUGGUGACUGGAACCUUUUCAGCACACAGAAAGUCGGUGCCUUGUUCAAUUUUACUGAACCUUUUCUGCUGCCACAUUUUUAUUAUGCUAGUUUCAAAGUGGCCCUUUUCAUGAGGUUUGUUAGUUGUUACCCUGGCGGUGAUUAAAGACAAAGGUAGCGUUUUAGCUACAUUUCCAUUAA